AUGACAACUCCAACAAGCACAACUGAGGCUCCCACAAUCAAAACAAAUGCAGCCACUACAACAUUUCGAAAAACCACAAACACAGCUCCACCAAUACCCAGUGAAUCUCUGGUCCUCAGUGCAAUCAACACUCUCCUGAACACCAGACUGUCACAGCUCAAUGAUUCAGUGAAGGUGGUGAACAUCACCUAUGAGAAAAUCUCAGAAACAUCCUAUGGAGUCAUCUUUAAGUUUAACCUGAUGAACAUCACCAUGCCAGAGGAUCCUGAUCUAAGGAGCAACACUUACCAACAAGUGCAGGAUGUUAUCAAUAAUGCGCUGAACACUCUUCUGAAUGAGCCUGACAGCCAGGUCUUUGCACCCAUAUCGUCCAACUUCACGAGCACAUCAAACCAAAUUGCUGGCAGUAUGGAAUACUCAUUCCAUGAUGGAGAUCUCAUACAACCAAUCAGCUUCCUCAAUGAACUUCGUUUACUGAUGGGCUUGACCACUACACCAAUGUCUUCUGUGACAACAUCCAGCUCCCCUGUGAGCUCUCCAAAGCAAGUAUCUGGUUCAGCUUUGGUGACAAGCAAACUGCUGUUCAACUCUUCAUCACCAGUCCCAAGUGAAGCACUCGUCCUCCGUGCAGUCACCACUCUCCUGAACUCCAGACAGUCACAGCUCAGCAAAUCAGUGGAGGUGGUAAACAUCACCUACGAGAAAAUCUCAGAAACCUCCUACAGAGUCAUCUUUACAUUUAACCUGAUGAACAUCACCAUGCCAGAGGAUCCUGAUCUAAGGAGCAACACUUACCAACAAGUGCAGGAUGUUAUCAAUAAUGCGCUGAACACUCUUCUGAAUGAGCCUGACAGCCAGGUCUUUGCACCCAUAUCGUCCAACUUCACGAGCACAUCAAACCAAAUUGCUGGCAGGAUGGAAUACUCAUUCCAUGAUGGAGAUCUCAUACAACCAAUCAGCUUCCUCAAUGAACUUCGUUUACUGAUGGGCUUGACCACUACACCAAUGUCUUCUGUGACAACAUCCAGCUCCCCUGUGAGCUCUCCAAAGCAAGUAUCUGGUUCAGCUUUGGUGACAAGCAAACUGCUGUUCAACUCUUCAUCACCAGUCCCAAGUGAAGCACUCGUCCUCCGUGCAGUCACCACUCUCCUGAACUCCAGACAGUCACAGCUCAGCAAAUCAGUGGAGGUGGUAAACAUCACCUACGAGAAAAUCUCAGAAACCUCCUACAGAGUCAUCUUUACAUUUAACCUGAUGAACAUCACCAUGCCAGAGGAUCCUGAUCUAAGGAGCAACACUUACCAACAAGUGCAGGAUGUUAUCAAUAAUGCGCUGAACACUCUUCUGAAUGAGCCUGACAGCCAGGUCUUUGCACCCAUAUCUUACAACUUCACGAGCACAUCAAACCAAAUUGCUGGCAGGAUGGAAUACUCAUUCCAUGAUGGAGAUCUCAUACAACCAAUCAGCUUCCUCAAUGAACUUCGUUUACUGAUGGGCUUGAUCACUACACCAAUGUCUUCUGUGACAACAUCCAGCUCCCCUGUGAGCUCUCCAAAGCAAGUAUCUGGUUCAGCUUUGGUGACAAGCAAACUGCUGUUCAGCUCAUCAUCACCAGUCCCAAGUGAAGCACUCGUCCUCCGUGCAGUCACCACUCUCCUGAACUCCAGACAGUCACAGCUCAGCAAAUCAGUGGAGGUGGUAAACAUCACCUACGAGAAAAUCUCAGAAACCUCCUACAGAGUCAUCUUUACAUUUAACCUGAUGAACAUCACCAUGCCAGAGGAUCCUGAUCUAAGGAGCAACACUUACCAACAAGUGCAGGAUGUUAUCAAUAAUGCGCUGAACACUCUUCUGAACGAGCCUGACAGCCAGGUCUUUGCACCCAUAUCUUCCAACUUCACGAGCACAUCAAACCAAAUUGCUGGCAGGAUGGAAUACUCAUUCCAUGAUGGAGAUCUCAUACAACCAAUCAGCUUCCUCAAUGAACUUCGUUUACUGAUGGGCUUGACCACUACACCAAUGUCUUCUGUGACAACAUCCAGCUCCCCUGUGAGCUCUCCAAACCAAGUAUCUGGUUCAGCUUUGGUGACAAGCAAACUGCUGUUCAGCUCAUCAUCACCAGUCCCAAGUGAAGCACUCGUCCUCCGUGCAGUCACCACUCUCCUGAACUCCAGACAGUCACAGCUCAGCAAAUCAGUGGAGGUGGUAAACAUCACCUACGAGAAAAUCUCAGAAACCUCCUACAGAGUCAUCUUUACAUUUAACCUGAUGAACAUCACCAUGCCAGAGGAUCCUGAUCUAAGGAGCAACACUUACCAACAAGUGCAGGAUGUUAUCAAUAAUGCGCUGAACACUCUUCUGAAUGAGCCUGACAGCCAGGUCUUUGCACCCAUAUCGUCCAACUUCACGAGCACAUCAAACCAAAUUGCUGGCAGUAUGGAAUACUCAUUCCAUGAUGGAGAUCUCAUACAACCAAUCAGCUUCCUCAAUGAACUUCGUUUACUGAUGGGCUUGACCACUACACCAAUGUCUUCUGUGACAACAUCCAGCUCCCCUAUGAGCUUUCCAAACCAAGUAUCUGGUUCAGCUUUGGUGAGAAGCAAACUGCUGUUCAACUCUUCAUCACCAGUCCCAAGUGAAGCACUCGUCCUCCAUGCAGUCACCACUCUCCUGAACUCCAGACAGUCACAGCUCAGCAAAUCAGUGGAGGUGGUAAACAUCACCUACGAGAAAAUCUCAGUAACCUCCUACGGUGUCAUCUUUACAUUUAACCUGAUGAACAUCACCAUGCCAGAGGAUUCUGAUCUAAGGGGCAACACUUACCAACAAGUGCAGGAUGUUAUCAAUAAUGCGCUGAACACUCUUCUGAAUGAGCCUGACAGCCAGGUUUUUGCACCCAUAUCGUCCAACUUCACGAGCACAUCAAACCAAAUUGCUGGCAGUAUGGAAUACUCAUUCCAUGAUGGAGAUCUCAUACAACCAAUCAGCUUCCUCAAUGAACUUCGUUUACUGAUGGGCUUGACCACUACACCAAUGUCUUCUGUGACAACAUCCAGCUCCCCUAUGAGCUUUCCAAACCAAGUAUCUGGUUCAGCUUUGGUGACAAGCAAACUGCUGUUCAACUCUUCAUCACCAGUCCCAAGUGAAGCACUCGUCCUCCAUGCAGUCACCACUCUCCUGAACUCCAGACAGUCACAGCUCAGCAAAUCAGUGGAGGUGGUAAACAUCACCUACGAGAAAAUCUCAGAAACCUCCUACGGUGUCAUCUUUACAUUUAACCUGAUGAACAUCACCAUGCCAGGGGAUUCUGAUCUAAGGGGCAACACUUACCAACAAGUGCAGGAUGUUAUCAAUAAUGCGCUGAACACUCUUCUGAAUGAGCCUGACAGCCAGGUUUUUGCACCCAUAUCGUCCAACUUCACGAGCACAUCAAACCAAAUUGCUGGCAGUAUGGAAUACUCAUUCCAUGAUGGAGAUCUCAUACAACCAAUCAGCUUCCUCAAUGAACUUCGUUUACUGAUGGGCUUGACCACUACACCAAUGUCUUCUGUGACAACAUCCAGCUCCCCUAUGAGCUCUCCAAACCAAGUAUCUGGUUCAGCUUUGGUGACAAGCAAACUGCUGUUCAACUCUUCAUCACCAGUCCCAAGUGAAGCACUCGUCCUCCGUGCAGUCACCACUCUCCUGAACUCCAGACAGUCACAGCUCAGCAAAUCAGUGGAGGUGGUAAACAUCACCUACGAGAAAAUCUCAGAAACCUCCUACAGAGUCAUCUUUACAUUUAACCUGAUGAACAUCACCAUGCCAGAGGAUCCUGAUCUAAGGAGCAACACUUACCAACAAGUGCAGGAUGUUAUCAAUAAUGCGCUGAACACUCUUCUGAAUGAGCCUGACAGCCAGGUCUUUGCACCCAUAUCGUCCAACUUCACGAGCACAUCAAACCAAAUUGCUGGCAGUAUGGAAUACUCAUUCCAUGAUGGAGAUCUCAUACAACCAAUCAGCUUCCUCAAUGAACUUCGUUUACUGAUGGGCUUGACCACUACACCAAUGUCUUCUGUGACAACAUCCAGCUCCCCUAUGAGCUCUCCAAAUCAAGUUAUUCCUUUCAGAUCUGGUUCAGCUUUGGUGACAAGCAAACUGCUGUUCAACUCUUCAUCACCAGUCCCAAGUGAAGCACUCGUCCUCCAUGCAGUCACCACUCUCCUGAACUCCAGACAGUCACAGCUCAGCAAAUCAGUGGAGGUGGUAAACAUCACCUACGAGAAAAUCUCAGAAACCUCCUACGGAGUCAUCUUUACAUUUAACCUGAUGAACAUCACCAUGCCAGGGGAUUCUGAUCUAAGGGGCAACACUUACCAACAAGUGCAGGAUGUUAUCAAUAAUGUGCUGAACACUCUUCUGAAUGAGCCUGACAGCCAGGUCUUUGCACCCAUAUCGUCCAACUUCACGAGCACAUCAAACCAAAUUGCUGGCAGUAUGGAAUACUCAUUCCAUGAUGGAGAUCUCAUACAACCAAUCAGCUUCCUCAAUGAACUUCGUUUACUGAUGGGCUUGACUACUACACCAGUGUUUUCUGUGACAACAUCCAGCUCCCCUGUGAGCUCUCUAAACCAAGUAUCUGGUUCAGCUUUGGUGACAAGCAAACUGCUGUUCAUCUCUUCAUCACCAGUCCCAAGUGAAGCUCUGGUCCUCAGUGCAGUCACCACUCUUCGGAACUCCAGACUGUCCCUUCUCAGCAAAUCAGUGGAGGUGGUAAACAUCACAUAUGAGAAAAUCUCAGAAACCUCCUACAGUGUCAUCUUCACGUUUAGCCUGAUGAACAUCAGCAUGCCAAAGGACCCUAAGCUAAGGAGAAACACCUACCAGCAAGUGCAGAAUAUUAUCAAUAAUGCGCUUAACACACUUCUGAAUGAGCCUGGCAAUCAGUUCUUUGUACCCAUAUUCUCCAAUUUCACACACACAGAAAACCUGAUUGAGGGUAGAAUGGAAUACAUCUUCAAGGAUGAACCUGCCAGUUUCUUAAAGGAGCUUCAGAGCAGAUUAAUACCAACUACAACAGCAACAGCAGGCAUAACAUCUCAGACCAUUACAGAAUCUAUGACUGUUGUUGGGAAGGCGAUUAUUUACAUUCGCCUUAUAUUUAUCACGUUGGGCCCCAUACCAAGUAAGAGUAAAGUUCUAGAGAUUGCAAACUCAAUGCUUGAGCCACAUCUCAGAACUAAAAGAGAUGUCACAACACAAAUCCUGAGUGAUCCUGUGAGCUUUCUGAAUGUUACCUAUGAGCGAAUUUCUGAUAACUCGUAUGCCCUCAAAUUUGGAUUUGAGAUCAGCAAUGUAUCUAUGACAGAAAAACUUGAACUCAGAAAUGGCACCUACAAUUUUAUCCAGACCUCUAUAAAUUCAUUGCUGAACAAGAUUCUAAAUAGCAAUUCAGCCAAUCCAUUUGUGUUCCAAAAAGCCAAUUUCAGCGGUAAUUCCACUGUGAUCAUUGCCGAUGUCAUAUAUACUUUCUCGGAAAAAGACAUCAAGACUCCGAGUGCCUUUGUCAAGGAACUUCUCCAAGUCACGCAGAGCUUAACAACUCCAUCUCCAGUGAACAGAACAUCUCAAAAACCUGGGGAAACACUAACACUUGUUGGGAAGGCGAUUAUUUACAUUCGCCUUAUAUUUAACACAUUGGGGCCCAUACCAAGUGAGAGUAAAGUUCUACAGGUGGCUAACUCGAUGCUGGCGGCACGUCUCAGAACUAAACAAAAUCUGAGAGCACAAACUCUGGGUGAUCCUGUGAGCUUUGUGAAUGUAACCUAUAAGAGAAUUUCUGAUAGGUCAUAUUCCCUCAAUUUUGGAUUUGAAAUCAGUGGUGUUACCAUGUCUGAGAAACUUGAACUCAGGAAUAGCACAUAUGCUUUAAUUGAGAAAUCUAUAAAUGCACUGCUGAACGAGAUCCUUAGUUCUCCUUCAGCCACUCCAUUUGUGUUCAAUGGGGCCAAAUUCAAGGGUAAUUCCACCGUGAUUGAGGCAGAUGUAGAGUAUGUUUUCUCAGAAAGCGACAUCAAGACACCCAGCCCCUUUCUUAGUGCACUCAUCACAGUUAACACUGAGACUAUUAUACCUGUCACAUUUUACCCCAUCGUGUUGAACACUACAAUCUCAAACAACAGCACUAAUGCAGCAUGGGUUGUGGCUAUCAUCGUCCCCUGUGCUAUUGCCAUUAUCCUCGUACCUUGCUGGAUUCUUCUUUGUUGUUUGCUCUGUGGUUGCUGUGCAGCAGUGAGAAGACGUUGGCACAGAAGACGGUCAUACAACGUACAGUACACCACUCGCAACAGUAUCUUCUAGAGAAUUAGAGAGACAUUGAUUGAAGAAAAAAUUAGGAAAUACCACAUCUCAACAAUUGUAAAACACAAAAGAUAAUGGAAGCUUUGAAUAUAAAUAUUUAUAUACAUACAGUAUAUAUUUUUUUUUGUUUUUUGUUUUUUGUUUUUUAUCUUUCUCUUCUAUGAUGAUCUUAUAAUAAUGCCAAAUUUGGUAGUAAUUUCUUAGUGAUUGUUUAAGGCUGAUAUUUAAAUUUCCAUAAUGAAUAUGCUGUUGUGGAGCUUAUAUAAUACACUAUUUAUUUUCUUGUGCCUGUAUUGCUGGACAGACAGGAGCUCCACAAAAUUGUGAUGAAUAUGAUUUAUUGUAUUAUGUAAUGAAAGAAAAUUAUUUAUUUAAUGAUUCUAUAAGGUUUACAAUGUUUAAAUUAAUCAUCUUCUUAAAAUAAUUAAUGUAUUUGAUAUUACACAUUUCAUUUUAAGAGGUAAAAGUGGAUUAUAUUAAACUUAUUUAUUCAAA